UUGACAUGGCGCAGGAGAAGGGCCUGGUUGGCCUUUUCUUGGCUAUCAUUCUUCUUCAAGGUACUUUGGCCCAGGAGGGAAAAGAAGAACUGAAAAUAACAGUGGUCGAUGAAGAUGGCUCAGUACUUCUGAACUGUAACGGGACAAAGGAAAAGGUCACAUUUUAUAAAGAUGGCAUGGAAAUAGAUACAAAUCAAAAUUCCUUGGAUCUUGGAAGUAGUAUCAACGACCCUCGAGGGACAUAUUGGUGUGCAAAAGGAGAAAAACGUUCACAAAACCUCCAACUGUUUUAUAGAAUGUGUCAGAACUGCAUUGAGCUGAAUGCAGCCAGCAUAUCUGGCUUUGUCUUGGCUGAAAUCAUCAGCAUUUUCUUGCUUGGUGUUGGGGUCUACUUAAUUGCUGGACAGGAUGGAGUUCGCCAGUCAAGAGCUUCAGACAAGCAGAUUCUGUUGUCCAAUGACGAGCUCUACCAGCCCCUCAAAGAACGGGAGGAUGACCAAUACAGCCAGCUUCAAGGAAAACAACCGAGGAAGAAAUGAACUCUGGCUGCAAAGUAGAUUUGCCUUUUAUGGACAUUUCAUAUAAAUGGAACCAUAGAAUAUGCUGCUCUGGACAUCCCCAUGGAAGUCUUCAUGUGGACAUAUGUUUUCAUUUGUCUGGGGCAUAUGCAGGAGUGAAGAAUUGCUGAGUUGUAUGGUAAAUUCAUGUUUAACUUUGGAAGAAGCUACAAAAUUAUUUUCCAAACUGGCUCUGCCAUUUUACAUUCCCACCAGCAAUGGAUGAGGGUUCCCACUUUUCCAAGCUUUCACAAAUAUAUGUUACUAUUUUUUUAAUAUAGUCUAUA